ACCACGUGAUCAUGGCCGACCUUCGUACUGAAAUUCAUGAUCGCGUUGCCAAGAAAUAGUGCCCAGACGUACGAUGUGAUUACCAGUUUCGAAGUGUGCAUGUACACACGAGACUUCUUCUACAACACAGAUUCCGACAGCUGUGAAAACUGUGCAGAGCUGUGCCACCAGGCAUCAGUCAGGGGGACAGGAACUGAAUGUAGAAGAUUAUGUCCCGUUAACUGCCCUAUCGAUAAAUACUACGACGCCGAUGCGAGGCGGUGUGCGAGAUGCGAUGAAUUGUGUCAUCAAGCAACAGUCAGAGGUACAGAGAACAAGUGUCGCUGCCUUUGUCCAGUUGACAAUGCUGUCACAACCACAACGACCGGUACUACUCAAAACGUAACGCGACAUGUUGUAGCAGUCAGUCCAAAGAACAACGUUACAAAUGCAGGUGCAGGCACCACAAGUAUAUGUAUAUUAGGUGCAAUCAUCAUACUUCUUUGCACCACCGUGUUGGCUGUUACUGUUUUGUGGGAAAUUGGAACCCGUAGAUAUUAUGGAGAUUGCUGUGGCUUCAAGGCAUCCGAAGUGGUGGAGGUUGAAAGCUCCAAUGGACGGGGGAAAGAAGAAACGCUCCGCCUCAACGACCGUGAAAAUGAAGAUUCGCAGAUACCCAACUGACAGUAAAAGAUACCAUUCAUCAUUUAAUUCCAAUAUCGAGAAGAGAGAAAUAAUGUAGUUAUUGUACAAACUGCAAGAAUCCAACAACCACACGUAGCUGGCAUGCUAGAUGUGAGAUUACGUUUGCCUCAUUACAGACUUCAAAAGUCAUGACCUAAGCAGUACUGAUGCAUGUCGUGUCCUUAUUCUGUUACGACGUACGAGGGAACUUUCACAUGAUCUUUGUGUUCUUUUGGAGUAUAUAUUAAUUUUACAGCUACAACCUUGUAUGACGCAUGCGUUCCUUACACACAUAAAAUAACCUGAUAAUCCUAUGUACUUGUACAAGUAUAAUUACAUCUGAGAAAUAGCUUUAACGCAUCUUAAUCUCUUUUAUUUCGUCACCUAGCCUUAAAUCAGUAAAAUACAUCAAUAACUCGUUCCUGCCAUUGAAAUCACGAUCGAGUCAAUCCUCAACAUGGUCUCAACAAACUCUCACCACAGACUAUAUUACCGUGUAACGGAUCAUGUUUAUUUGUACCCGAAAUUACUACUUGUUAUUUAUCAUAUAAUGAACAUUUACUUUCCAAUAGCAACCGCCCCUUGCAAUCGGUAUA